AGUCAUUCCUUUGAUUGAGAUUUUAUUCUAGGAUUUUUUUUUUUGCCAACAUUCAUUUGUUACAACUAAUUUCCACACUUAGGAGACAGAUUUCAAACACAAAUUUUGAUCAAAUGGCUUCUUCUCGUUCAAUCUUGUUCCUUUCCAUUUCCAUGGUUUUGCUUUCCUCGGUUGCAAUGGCUACAGAUCAUAUUGUUGGUGAUGAUAAAGGCUGGACUGUUGAUUUCAAUUACACUCAAUGGGCUCAGCAAAUGGUUUUUCGUGUUGGUGACAAUCUUGUUUUCAACUAUAAUCCUUCUUUCCAUAAUGUAUUCAAAGUGAAUGGUACACUCUUUCAAAACUGCACUUUUCCGGCAGAAAACGAAGCACUUUCUACCGGAAAAGAUAUCAUUCCAUUGAAAACCGAAGGCAGAAAAUGGUAUGUUUGUGGAAAAGCUGAUCAUUGUGCUUCUCGUCAAAUGAAGUUUGUUAUCACCGUUCUAGCAGAAGGUGCACCUGCUCCUUCUACUCCUUCUCCUCCACCGUCUUCGGAUGCUCGUCGCCAUGUUGUAUCUUCUGUGUUUGGACUUGUCAUGGCAACCAUGAUUUCUAUUGUAGCCAUCUUUGCAUGA